AUGUUGAUUGCGAACGCUGGUGACUCCAGAGCGGUGUUGGGGAAACGUGGCAGAGCUAUUGAGCUAUCAAAGGACCACAAGCCCAACUGUACUUCUGAGCGGCUACGUAUUGAGAAGCUUGGUGGUGUUAUCUAUGAUGGUUAUCUUAACGGGCAGCUCUCUGUGGCUCGAGCUUUAGGAGAUUGGCACAUUAAGGGAGCUAAAGGUUCACUCUGUCCGCUUAGCUGUGAGCCUGAGCUGGAGGAGAUUGUGCUGACUGAGGAGGAUGAGUUUCUUAUAAUGGGAUGUGAUGGACUCUGGGAUGUGAUGAGCAGCCAGUGUGCUGUGACAAUGGUUAGGAGGGAGCUGAUGCAGCAUAAUGAUCCUGAGAAAUCCUCUCAAGCUCAGGUCAAGGAGGCACUUCAACGCAACAGCUGUGAUAAUCUUACUGUAGUGGUUGUCUGUUUCUCUCUGGAACCGCCUCCUCGGAUUGAGAUCCCUAAGUCGCAUAAGAGGAGGAGCAUCUCUGCAGAGGGAUUGGAUCUCCUCAAAGGCGUUUUGAACGAGUUGUGAAGGAAACUGAGCAAGUUGAGAGAAAAGGUAAGAAGAGAGUUGCUUUAUUCUUUUUUUUUGUUUCCUCUUUUGAUAGGAAACGUCAGAGAUUAGAGGUUGUGUGCUUUUUUUUUCUCUGGUUUUUCCAAGUUUUGAUUGAUUCCAUUAUUCUUUUUGUAAGGAAUUUGACCCAUUUUUUAUACUGUAGAUCUUACCAUAUUUAAAUGA